GUCAGAAUACCGGUAACGUUACUACCGGUUAUGUAGUACAUACAGUAGUUGAUAUGCAUCAAUGUCCAAUGCGGGAAUCGUGUGGUGGUUAAGAAUAUAGUAUGAUUAAAAGCCCAAGAGAUUGUCAGGCGACGUGGUUGGCACAGCAGCAAGCGAUGAACUCGUGGCUGGGGCUGCACUAUUUCCUCCGAGUUGCUUUUUAAUCGAUACGGACGUGCCUCCGGACGUGGAGACGGCGGUGGAAUUGAUGGCUAAAGAGGCGCGUUGAGACUCCUGGGUCUGGCGCUUGCCGCCUCGGAGGCGGUCGGCCAGCGCGGAGUUUUUGGGGGUCGUCGACGACGACGAGAUGUGGCCAGUAGACGGCGCUACGUCACCAAAGAUCGACAGGUUGGCCGUUGGCGUAGCAUUUGAUUGGCUGCCAAAGGACGUGGGCGUUGACGCCGGGGUGGCCCCGCCACUGAAUGGGUCGUACGAAGCGUUGGAUGGUGGUGGCUUGGUGUCCAAGUUCAAGUUACCGCUGUUGGUACGCGACGACGGCUUGUUAGUAAAGCAACUGAACGGGUCUGCUCCAUUUCCACUGGCACCAGCCACGAUAUCUGGCUUCUUUUGCAACAGGUUCUUGAUGCUGUCGUACAUGAUUGGAGGUGGAACUUGCUGCUGUUGUUGUUGUUGUGGCUGGUUCACAUACAUGCCUGGGAUGGAAGGAGGCGCCACAGGGGCUCCAUAGUUAUUGAUGGAGCCACCCAUACCAAGACCGAGACCUCCCAUGUUCAUUUGGAGCUGUUGUUGUUGUGGUGGUGGAGGCAUACCAUAAACCUGCUGCUGCUGUUGUUGUGGUGGAGGCAUACCAUAAACCUGCUGCUGCUGUUGUUGUGGUGGAGGCAUACCAUAAGCCUGCUGCUGCUGUUGUUGUGG